UGGCUUCGUGGAUUGUGGUCGGCCAAAGAUAAGAACAACGAACACUCGUUCUACGAGGCCACAGCUGACAAUUACGAAAAUGCCAUGGCUCAGAUAGAAUGGAGGGCCCCCCAGUUGAGCAUGAAAACACUUGAAAACUACGAGAGAACAUCUGGGAACUGUGUUGGUAGAAAUGGAAGAGUGAUAGACGUGGGAACGGGUACGGGACUGAGUGGAAUUGCGAUCAGACAGGUGGGGUUUACGGGGGAUAUAGAUGCAUUGGAGCCAUCCAAGAGCAUGUUCGAAAAAGCAAAAGAGAAGAACAUAUACUCCAGAUACUACUCAGAUUUCUUGAUUGAAAACAAGGAAACAACAGUCACUGGUGACGCCUAUGACCUUGUGGUUUCAGUGGGCGUCUUCAGCAACAGAUCUGUCAGGAGCCAGUGUCUGUGCGAAGUAAUCCGGAUGGCCAAACCAGGUGCACUUGUGGUCAUUCUGAUGGUGAAAAACUGGUACAAAAGUGCAGAUUUCAGUGAUGCUCUCAAGAAAAUAGAGAAGGACAAAGUCGCAAAUUUGGCUCACUUAGAAGAAUUCGAAGGAAUUUUUGAAGGCCACGAUGCUGUUGGAUUUGUACUGGAAAAACUUUAAUGUCAAUAUAUUAUCCAGUUACUUCGUUAUAAUUUUCGAAAUUUUUCAUACUUUUCCGGACUGUCUUGUACAGACGCGAGAAUAAGACUGCUCGUAUCAGGGCGAAGCCUUGAAUGUUCCGACUGCC